UGAACGCUAGCUAAAAACAGACUAACAGGCAACUUAGCAGUGACCAUGGAUGUGAGCCGGUUGACGCCGGGACGGCGACGCGGUGUCACCGGACAACGAUAACAUCUGUCCACGUUGGCGACCCUCUCUUCUCCUCACUAUCUGUCUAGUUUAAACUUUUCGUGAGCACUCAGUCGGGUUAUCUUUGCGACUUUUGCCCUCUUUAUCCCGCUGUGUCUCAUGCUAAGCGGUUAGCCUGUUAGCUCAUUAGCUUGUUAUAAAGCGGCACGUUUGAGGCUAACUGACUGACUGGACCGGACAACAGCGGUGAUGUGCGAUGGCUUCGGUUCGGGUGGCUGUGCGGGUCCGACCCAUGAACAGGCGAGAGAAGGAUUUGGCUGCAAAAUGCAUCAUCAAGAUGGAAGGAACCAAAACCUCCAUCACCAACCUGAAGAUCCCUGAUGGCAUCGCAGGAGAUUCGAUGAGGGAUCGAACUAAAACAUUCACGUAUGACUUCUCCUACGACUCCAUGGACUGUAAGAGCUCCACAUUUGUUUCCCAGGAAAAGGUUUUCAAAGAUCUGGGCUCAGAUGUGCUGAAGGCGGCGUUUGAGGGCUACAACGCCUGCGUCUUCGCCUACGGUCAGACCGGCUCGGGGAAGUCCUACACCAUGAUGGGAAAUCCAGGAGAUGCAGGUCUGAUCCCGAGGUUCUGUGAAGGUUUGUUCAGCCGUAUCGCUACGUCGAGUCGAUGGGACGAAGCUUCAUUUCGUGCCGAAGUCAGCUACCUGGAGAUCUACAACGAGAGGGUGAGGGACCUGCUGAGGAGGAAAUCCACUCAGACCUACAACCUGAGAGUCAGGGAGCAUCCAAAGGACGGACCGUAUGUAGAAGAUCUGUCCAAACACCUGGUGCAGAACUACAGUGACGUGGAGGAGCUGAUGGAGGCCGGAAACAUCAACCGCACCACCGCCAGCACCGACAUGAACGACGUCAGCAGCCGCUCUCACGCCAUCUUCACCAUCAACUUCACACAGGCUAAGUUCGAUGCAGAGAUGCCCAGUGAGACGGUCAGUAAGAUCCACCUGGUCGAUCUGGCCGGCAGCGAGCGAGCUGACGCCACUGGCGCGACGGGCGUCCGCCUGAAAGAGGGAGGGAACAUAAACAAGUCGCUCGUCACCCUGGGCAACGUCAUCUCUUCUCUGGCCGACAUGUCGCAGGACGGAGUGAACACCAACCUGAAGAAGAAGUCUGGGUUCGUGCCCUACAGAGACUCCGUGCUGACGUGGCUGCUGAAAGACAGCCUGGGUGGCAACUCCAAGACCAUCAUGAUCGCCACUGUUUCCCCCGCCGACGUGAACUACGGCGAGACGCUCAGCACUCUGCGAUACGCUAACCGAGCCAAGAACAUCAUCAACAAACCCACCAUCAACGAGGACGGCAACGUCAGGCUGAUCAGAGAACUGCGGGCUGAGAUCGCCCGACUGAAAGCUCUGCUGGUUCAGGGCAACCAGAUUGCUCUCCUGGAUUCGCCCACUGCUCUGAGUAUGGAGGAGAAACUGCACCAGAAUGAAGCCAGAGUCCUGGAGCUGACUAAAGAGUGGACCAACAAAUGGAACGAGACGCAGAAUAUUCUCAAGGAGGAGACUCUAGCUCUGAGGAAAGAGGGCAUCGGUGUGGUGUUGGACUCUGAGCUGCCUCACCUCAUCGGCAUCGACGACGACCUCCUCAGUACCGGCAUCAUCCUGUACCAUUUAAAGGAGGGACGGACAUACGUGGGCAGAGAGGAUGCGUCCACCGAGCAGGACAUCACCCUGCAUGGUCUGGACCUGGAGAGUGAACACUGUAUGUUUGAGAGCCAGAACGGUACAGUGACUCUGGUGCCGCUCGGCGGGGCUCAGUGUUCAGUUAAUGGAGUUCAGGUGACGGAGCCGUCGCAGCUCAACCAAGGUGCUGUUAUUCUGCUCGGCAGGACGAACAUGUUUCGGUUCAACCAUCCGAAGGAGGCAGCCAGGCUGAGGGAGAAACGGAAGAGUGGCCUGCUCUCUACAUUCAGCCUCUCUAUGACGGAUCUGUCCAAGUCCUGUGAAAACCUGUCCACUGUGAUGCUCUACAACCCCGGGUUGGAGUUUGAGAGACAGCAGCGAGAAGAGCUGGAGAAACUGGAGCUGAAAAGGAGGCUGAUAAAGGAGAUGGAGGCGAAGCACCAGAGUGAGAAGGCAGAGCUGGAGCGCCUGCAGCAGGAGGUGGAGAGUCAGCGUAAGGAGUCUGAGGAGGUGCAGCAGCGGAUCCUGCGGCAGGAGGAGAGCCUCCGCCACCGCAGCCAGGACAUCGAGAGCCGCCUUCGAGACUUCCUGGCCGAGAAGGAGCGCUUUGAGGAGGAAAGGCGCUCGGAGAUCCAGGGGGAGGACCUCCAGCAGCGGAAACGGCUGCAGGAGAGUGAAGCAGAGGAGGUGCAGGACGAGGAGCAGCGGCGGCAGCAUGAGGCGGCAGAGAAGACGGAGAUCUACCGCGAGCUGGAGAGGCUGAAGAGGGAGCGCGAGGAGCAGAGGGUUCGUCUGGAGACUGAGCGGCGGCGGCUGGAGGAGCAGGAGAGGGAGCAGCUGAGCCUAGUGGGGAGGCUGGAGGAACAGCUGAGAGAGAAACACGAGGCGGCCACCACCCUCCUGAUCCGGGAGGACGCCCGUCGCAUGGAGGAGGAACGCCGAGCCCUGGCUGAGAUCAGAGAAGCUCUCCUCCGUGCCAAAGAGGCUGGGGAGCGACCAGAUGUGGAGGAUGCCAGGGAGGAGGCGAGAUCUGCCCAGGCCCGAUACACAGACUUCAAGGAGGCUCAGGUGAAGGAGUUGGGCCAGCUGGAGGAGGGGCUCCGGCAGCAGAGGGAGCACCUAGAGAAAGAGGUCGCUGCUGAGCGUAACACACUGCUGCUCCUCGGCCACGGCCUCAAAGAACGGCAACAACAGCUGAAGGAGGCGCAGGAGAAGGGGGCGCAGGACGCUACAGCUGUGUGCCACGAGGAGCAGCUGGUCAAACAGGUGGAGCACAGACUGCAGUGUAAAGAGCGCCAGCUGGCAAACGUGACCGGCGGCCUCCUCCCGGCGCUGGCCGAAGAGAAGCAGAGAGCCAUGGAGAUGCUGGAGCGCAGCGGCGGAGGAAGCAAUGGGAACUGCGACAGCCCGCCGGGGCUCGACAACACGCUGUACCAGGUGGAGAAGGAGCUGGAGGACAAAGAGGAGAAACUGAACGUCCACUGGCACAGCGCUCAGCAGCUCCAGCAGCUCCAGGAGACCUACGAGUUCACGGCCAACGUGGCGCGGCAGGAGGAGAAGGUGAGGAGGAAGGAGAAGGAGAUCCUGGAGUCGAAGGAGAAGCAGCAGAGGGAGGCGAUGGAGCAGGCCGUGGCCCGGCUGGAGAGGAGGCACUCGGCCCUGAGGCGCAGCGUCUCCCUGGAGCCCGACACAGAGGAGCAGAAACACAAGAGCUCGGCCAUCAGGAACCUGAGGACGGGGGCCGACCUGGACCAGCAGAGAGUGGAGCGGGAGAUCCAGAAGCUGAGACAGAGGAUCAGUGAAGGGGAAGAAAACAACAGGACUCACUCCACCAGUAUGGAUGAGAAGACGAGUCACAACAGUUCCCCGGUCAGCCACAUCCAGAGUCUGAACACCCUGCUGCCGCUGUCAGAGGACAGGAUAAACGCGUACAUUGAGGAGGAAGUCCAGCGACGGUUACGCAAGAUGAAUCUUCUGAACGGCAGCAGCAGCAACAUGGACCUGUCUCUGUCCUGUGAAUCGCUCAAGGAGGAGGAAGAUGUUAGCGACUCUAGCUCUGUUAGAUUAACAGAUGAGGAUGAUGAAAAGCUGCAAAACAUUAAUCCAAGGAGGCUUAAAUAUGAGAGAGCCAGCGGGUUGUGGUCUAGCUUCCUGCCUGCCCCGGAGCGCGAGGCAAACUCCCCUCUUCACAUCGAAGAAAACAUGUUGGAGGAACCGGAGAACUGCCUCUUAAAGCUUCACAUAGAAGAAAAACUGGAAUCCCCAGCUGAAGUCUUGAUUGAAAAAAUGCCUUACAAAUAUGGUGACAAAAACAAAUGGUGGCGAGGAGGAGUGAAAAUCCCUCCAGGAGACGAGGGCCGAGCUGUUUGCGAACUUGACUGUUGCAACAAAACCCUGGCAAACAUCGAGACCAAUGGAGUUUAUGAAAACAAGAAUAUCACUGCUGAAAGAAGAAACGAUUCGGCCUUCUGUGUUGAUGAUGAUAAAAAGGUUGACGAUGGAGCGAAAGAGUUGCUGGUAAAUGGACGCUCUCUUUCUUACUCACAGGUCAAAGUCAGACACCAGACAUGUGACUCGGGGAUAGGAGAAGAUGCAGAAAUUUCCAAUAAUCAGUUGUCAGAGUCACAGAAAGAAUCCUUUAAUGGUCAAAUCAAACAAGAGGCCGACACAGGAGCUGAGAAAGUGGCAGCCAGCAGGGGCUAUGUUGUGGGGUAUGUUGCUGGAAAGCUGUCUGAAGCAUACAAAGAUGCUGGUAGAAGGCUGCAGGGCACACGGGACAUCAUUCGAAAUGUACCAGUAGAUGAAAUAAAAGUUGUACUCUCUCGGUACGUGACCAUGAUGUCCAAAGAGCUGCCACUUGUUCAUCUAAUGCGGCUUAAACCGGAGCCAGAACCUGUAAACAGAGUCAGUUUGGUUGAUCUGCCGAGGGAUCGCACCCUUGGUCUUACUCAGAAUUGCAGCAUGUCUGCGAUCCCGGGCAUCUCGGGAUGGCCCGAAGGCUCUCUGUCGUCUCUCAGAAACGCCUGUCCUGAAGUGUUUUACCAGAGGCUGGUCCAGCUGCCGCCAGCUUUGUCUCGGCUGCAGUCACUUUCAUCCCAGAAGAUGCUAGAAAUGCUGGAAUCUCUGGUUCCUCGAAUGAAGUUCAACAAGCUUUUGAGCAUCUUCUGGCUGAAAACUGCCAACAGCAAGCAGCCGACUCCAAAGUCUGGGUGCUUGGUUUUGUCGGAAAAGGACAUAAUAGUGCUGUCUAGUAAAACAAAUUCAGAUGACACCUUAGCGAUUUUUCACCAUUUUAAUCUCGUGGAAAUCAAGAAGGUCGAGGUUAGCUUGGCAGGGCAGCAUGUCCGUCUAAUGGACUGCACCCAGGACACCAUCUUGGCCGUCUUCACCCACAGCAAAGAGCUCACCCAGGAAUUCUGUAAGGCGUUACUGAAGGCCCUUUCUCCUGAAAAGUUCCCUGAAGGGACUGACCAACACCCAUUACUCUUUGAUGACCUCAUGGUCCUCUCUCUAGAUUGGACAUCAAAUGUUCCUGACAUCAUCCUGGACAGCGGUCUUCAAGUCACCUCCAGAUUUAAGCGGGUCCUCGCAGACCUUCUCUACAUCAUCCACGGGAACAUGGAUGGUCCCGGCAAACCUUCCAUGGCAGACAUUUGUCCUCUGCUCUACACCAGCGUCAAGGUCAUGAACUCCACCCGCGUGCAUCAGGACGCCAUUUUUCAGUUCCUCCUGACGGACACUCACGUGGCUCUGCUCCGGGAGGAUGGCGUCUUUCACCCGGUGCCACGGGGCUCCAGCAUGGUCCUCGCCCAGCCCCAGUUUCAGGGGCUCGAACUCCGGAAGCGAUCGGAGAUCAGAUGCCUGCUCGUGAGGCAGACUGACAGCUGGCUGGUGUUAGAAAUCACGUUUGCAACUCACAAACCACCGACUCAAGAAAGGAAGGUGGAGUCCAGGCUCUGCUCGGCUGAAGUGCCCUCCGUCUCGGAUUACAGCAGUCGGUGCGACUCCUGGAAGUUAUCUUUCGGCUGCACCUCAGAAGCUGUGAUCUUGAUUAAUCAUCUGUGUACCUGAGUUACAACACCUGAAGGCAGUUUCACCUGAACUCACUCACAAAUGCAGUGUGCUUUACCUGUGUUCAGGAGAAGCAGAAAGUGUUCAGAGUUAUUGUCCAAGAAGGUGAUUCGUCAUUGUGCCAAAGUAAAAUGGACACAUCUGAAAGUCUUUUUUAAAAAAACAGUUUUUAAACAUUUUAUAAACUUUUCACUCCAUUAUUCAAAUGUUAUUGCGUGAUUUUGCCAUCAGGUCAGAGAGAUUGUAAUGUGAGAUGAGGAAAGUGUUGGCAUAACUGUAAUCUCUUUAUAUGAAGUCAUAAUGAUGAAGAUGAACCAUUUCUACAUAUUAAUGACAUAGAUUAAUUAAUCUGUGUCCUUGUCUGUUUACUGAUUUUAGUCGUGUUCUUGUUUGUUUUUUGAUCUGGUUCAAAAUGUUAAAGUUUAGUCUAGAUUUCUGCAGAAAACUUUCAGAAAAAUGAUUGUGAUCUGCUGACUUGAAGAGAGAGGGAGGGUUUGUCUGAUGGAAUAUUAAUAGUGUGUAUUUGAAGGUUUAAUGUACCUUUUAAAUAAUUUCACAUCGUAAGAACAUGUUACGUUUGUAAACAGAUUAAUAAAGAUUGAACUUUGUCCGAU